AAUAAUAACCAGAAGCAGAAGAAGAAAAACCAAAACCAGAAGCAGCCCCCACCAAGCAGCAAUAUCCGAGAAAGCCACCAAAAGAUGCUCGUCUUUCAGUAUUCGGUGACUGAAACUGAGUCCUAAAGGCACAGCAAAAUCCCGUGGCAGCAGCAGGCAUCUAGUUUAGAUGAAGGAUGAAGAGCCCAGUGCACAGAUGCAGGGAUGUGGAGCACGGGCGUGGGCAAGGCAGGGCUGAGGCCAACUGCCUACAGGCCGAGCAGCGUAUCCCCAUCUCCAAAGAUGUCAUUACUUCUUCCUCUGCCUCCGCUAUGUGGUUCAUCAGGGACAUCUGUGGCAUUGUGUGCGCCGUCAUCACCUGGCUGCUGUUGUUAUAUGCAGAGUUUGUAGUGCUGUUUGUGAUGCUGCUGCCCUCCAAGAAUCUGAUGUACAACAUUGUAAAUGGGACCCUGUUCAACAUUCUGGCCUUUCUUGCCCUUGCCUCCCACCUCAGGGCUAUGUGCACUGACCCUGGGGCGGUGCCAAAAGGGAAUGCUACUAAGGAAUACAUAGAAAGUCUUCAGCUGAAACCAGGGCAGGUGGUUUACAAAUGUCCCAAGUGCUGCAGCAUCAAGCCUGACCGAGCACACCAUUGCAGUGUUUGCAAACGCUGCAUACGCAAGAUGGACCACCACUGCCCCUGGGUCAAUAACUGUGUUGGAGAGAACAACCAGAAGUAUUUUGUGCUUUUCACAAUGUACAUUGCACUCAUCUCCUUCCACGCUCUCCUCAUGGUGGUCUUCCAUUUCCUCUACUGCUUUGAAGAUGAUUGGACAAAGUGCAGUUCCUUCUCUCCUCCAGCAACAGUCAUCCUCCUCAUACUCCUGUGCUUUGAGGGUCUCCUCUUCCUCAUCUUUACCUCUGUGAUGUUCGGCACCCAAGUCCACUCCAUCUGUACAGAUGAAACCGGAAUCGAGCGUCUGAAGGGAGAGACAGGAAAGUGGGGGAAGUUGCCGUGUUGGAAGGCCAUGCAGAUGGCGUUUGGCGGCCCGUUCUCUUUAUCCUGGUGCAACCCCUUUGCAGGGCUGAGCUGCAAGAGUGUUUCAGAGCAUGUCCCUGUCCCACAGGGGGAGAUCAUUGAAGAGGACGUCAUAGAGAUACCACUCAACUAGCACUGCCUGCAUUCAGGAAAGCCCUUUUUUUCCCUUAGUCUAGCAGUGCUUCUUUACAAGUGAAUUUUAAAUUUGUGUACUUUAUCAGGGCUUUCUAAAUAGAGACUCCACCUGAAAUAUUAAUUUAUAUAUAUUUUUUUAUCUCAAAUACUUUAUACAUGUGAAACUAUCACGGGUAACUCACCUGCUUUCUUUCUCAGUGUUCAUUCAGCUAUUUUGCAGAGUGUAUGGGGCAGUAUACUUAGAUUUUGUGAAUAUCUUACCUAAUUAGCAACUUGGUUCUUUAAAAUACAUAAAGUACAAUAAGUACAUUUAUAUACAUAAAUGUUCAGCCAUUGCACACACAAAAAGGAACCUAAUGCCUGAUGGAAAUUACUUUUUUCUACUUAACUCAUGCUGCCAAACCUGCAGUAUUUUGCUCAAAGCAUUGUGUAUUAACUGCAUAGCAAGAACUUCAUCUUUACAGUUGAUUCACUUCUCCAAGGUAUUUCUGACUUGAGGUAAGAACGAUUGAUUAUAAAACAUUUUUUAAAGCUGUCUCAGGAGAACACCACUACUAGUAGUACUGAAGCAUGAGCAGUUUACUUUCAACAAUUUUGCUGUCUCUGGAUUUUAAUUCACUUUGUGCCUUAACUGUCUUGUAGUGUGGGGAGAAACACUUUGUAUGAUACAAGUACAAAUUCACUUCUGGUGUCUGUUUCUGGAUUUAUUUUCAUCUCUAUCACACAACUACUGUAUGUAAUACAUGGUUAUUGACUUAAUGUUGAAGAGAUUAUUGUAUGACAGAACUUCUGGAUAAGGGCUUCUAAUUGUUAAAUGGGUGCCUGAAACUUAUUGUGUAAGUUUCAUUUUUA